UACAGAGAGGGUGACAUUCGUCUGGUGGGAGGACCUCACAACUGGGAGGGUAGAGUGGAGAUAUUCUGGAAUGGAACAUGGGGAACCAUCAGUGACUCUCAGUGGACCAAUGAGGAUGCUUCUGUCAUACGUAGACAGUUGCAACACAUGUUACCUGGAUAUGCCAUGCCCUGCUGUGAUGAUGAGAGUGGAGAUAACUCUAGCAGUCAAAUAGCACCUCAUUUUGGCAGUGUAAUCUGCACUGGGAAAGAGAACAAUAUCACUGAAUGCAGUUACAGUACCCAAAAUAUAUCUGCUCAGCAAGACAUAGGUGUCCACUGCCAGCAAGGUAACCAAGCAAGAGAAGGUGAAAUUCGAUUAGUCGAAGGUGACUCCCCAUGGGAGGGUCGAGUUGAGAUUCACCUAUCUCGUGAAUGGGGCACAAUAUCUGAUGCAGAAUAUUAUGAUUCUCGAGAGGCUACAGUAGUUUGUCGACAGCUUGGCUACAAUUUUUACAAUGCACGUUCUUACUGCUGUGCAAGGUUUGGAGAAGGGAGUGGUCAGAUAAAGAGUCGUUACAUCUCAUGCAAAGGAAUUGAACACAGGAUUACAAACUGUUCAUACAACACACAUUUGCAUCAGGAGGACCACUCAGAUGACUGGAGUGUCUCAUGUGACAUAGGUGACUGUGAAAGUGGACGCAUCAGACUGGCAGGUGGAGAUACAGAGAGAGAAGGAAGAGUUGAGAUAUGUAUUAACGGAGAGUGGGGCACAGUCUGUGGGAAACUCUGGAUGAAAAACAACACAAAUGUUGUGUGUAGAUAUCUUGGAUUCAGUGACACGUAUGAUUGUGAGGUGGUUUAAUGGGGAG